AUGAAUGUAAUUCAAAAGUCAGAAAGUGCUUAUUUAUGUGCAGAUGUGAAGGGUUACAGUAGACCAACUAAUCUUACCGUAGAUCAUUUGCCGAUUCUUGAUGCUAAAGUUGGACCACUUUCUGUGAAUGCCGCACGACAAAAGGCAUACUGGCUGCUUGCUGAAAUUCAUCCACAUCAUCUUGGUAACGGUGAAAAUACAUCAAUAAAUCGUUCAUUAAGUCAGGAAAUACGAUCCCGUGGUAAGCACGACGAUGAUUGUGGUCAUAUCAUAGCUAGUUCACUAGGUGGGAAAAUGGUAGAUUUCAAUUUGUUUCCUCAGAAUAAGUCAAUUAAUAGAGGAUGGAAAGGUUGGAGUAAACAUUGGCGAAAAUCCAUUGAAGUAUUUAUUUUUUUAUGGUUGAAAAAUCGUUCCUUCGUAAAUCCAAGAGUUGAAUUUCAAGUUCGUCUCUUUUAUAAUGAUCACAAUCAUCCAGAUAGACCUGACUGUGGGAAGCUGUCAAUAACAUUUAAAUUUGAUCACGGGAAGUCGACCAAGGAUGGAGAUGAUCAUGAUAGCAAAGAAAUUCCAAUGCCAUUGUAUGCCACUUUGAAAGGAAAUUUAAUGAACUUUAUUGAAAAUGAAUUAGAUUCUGUUCCGGAACCUAAUUAUACAACAAUUAAUUGGGAACAACUUUCGAAAUUCAAUUCUCUCAACACAAUACAAUUUCAAGAAUUUAUCUGGUUAUUUCUCCAUGAUUUGAAAACUAAGGUAUCAAUGCAAGAUUUAAAACCAACAUCAGCCCAAAACCAGACCAUUCAAUGGCGAUCUUAG